CGCGAAUAUCAGCAGCGUGAAAUGUUACGAGCAAAAGCCGUUUUGGAUCGGCGUGCUGCUUUUCUUGCGGAAGAAAAGGAACGAAGGGCUGCAAUUCUUUCAAAAGCUCAUGCUGCAGCCUCUCGACUCACCGCCCAGCAUAAACCGAAGCCAGUAUAUGCAUUCGGAAGUAGUACCCCUCAAUAUUUAAAUUCUAAUUGCACUUCUUUAUUCUAUCUGUAUGAUCGUCGCUUGCGUCCACCGGUUACCAGCAGUCCUUUAACGACUGGUGGCAGCACACCAGGUGGGAAGUCGUUUGUACCACUUAGAGCACAGAUAAAUCCAUCAAUGGCGCAUAGUAUGUAUAUGAUGCGAUUAGAACCAAGACUUCGCAGUAAAGCUAUAUCUCCGGCCACUAUGACGCAGUCUGCGCUAUUAAGUUCGAAAACUCCGCCACAUUCAGUGAAAUCUUCAGUGGAUUCUCAAUGCUCCGGUUCAUUUUUUCACUUAUUUGAAAAGAUUAAAUAA